GUUCCCACCUUCCACUCCCCUUCCCCAAAUCCUUUCCAGAUUCGCCGCCCCACUCCCUUUCCCCAAAUCACUUCCAGAUUCGCCGCCGACUCAUUCUCUCCUCGCACCCAUGGGAUGGAAUCUCUUUUCUCGCCGCUGACCCUUGAUCCGCCCCUGCCUCCAUCACCUUGCUAGAGCUCGACGAGCAGGAACGACACAGCGGCGCUGGCAGCGAUGAACAAUGGCCCAGAUCGCGUCGGCGCUCGAGUACCUCCACUUUGCCGUGAAGCCGCACGUGGUCCACCGCAACGUGACCUCCUCCAUCAUCUUCGUGGAGGCCGACAUGCGCGCCCGGCUCGGCGACUUCGGCCUGUCGCGGCUCCUGGCGACACCCGACGCCUGCUCGACGGCGACCGAGUGGGAGGUGGCGUGGUGGUGCUGGAGCUGGUGACGGGGCUGCGGCCCGUGGACGUGGACGUGGGCAGGGAGCGGCGGGACGUGACGCUGGUGGAUUGGGUGGAAGUCAUAGGAGAACCAGGUUGGGUUCAAGUAAAUCAUAUGAACUUCAUCAAGGGCACCACAACUCUCCUUGCCGAUGGGGAUGAAGUUGUCUUGCGUUCACAGCACCAUAGACAUGUCUGCAUUUUCCAGUAUCUCUUAAAUGGCAAUGAAGCGCCGAUCUCUGUAUCAGCUGGAGAGAAUAACAAGGGAGUAUCUCAAACUUUUAAGGAUGGACUGAAACGAGGAAUUCUUUGUCCAGAUGCUAUUCAAGUUACGCUUGAGAAUUUCCCAUACCAUCUUAGUGAGAAUACAAAGAGCAAACUCUUAUCAACUGCAUAUAUACACAUGGAACACAUGGGAAGGACCUUCAUCAAAGUUUAUCAAGAAUUUCGUCUCUGAACUAGCGAAUUCUAUUAUCUGGCCCAUCUGUUAUUUAAACUAUGUAUGUUUGGAUGGAUAAUUCGGUAGGUCAUAAUCUGAAAAUUUCUUGUUUCUGUGCGGGAAGCAGUGAGUGGGAGGUCAGUUUGCUCUGAAUCCCUGAGAGUUUGGGCCAUGCAUCUCUUGCUCAAUCGGCGUGCUGAUCUUAGCAGGCGCCAGGGGGACAUCACCAGAACUGCUGCAUCUUCAUCCGGCUUGCUUUAGAUAACAGAGAACAAAGGAACCAGCUUGCCAAAAACAAAGUUCCACACUCUUUUUCAGUCACAUGUGUGGUCUACUUUUCUGAAUUUUGGUACAGAAAAUGACCACAUUGCCAAUUCCAGCUGGAUGCGAAGAGAACAUCACUUGUUGGCUCUCUUGACAAAAUGCGGGGUUUGACAUGAUUUACGACGAUAUGUCUUCUUGGAUGGAUGUGGCGCACACAAGAACAACAGCCUGGAGUACAACUUGUUGAUGCAAAACAUCCAUGUGUUACAGAGUAGUUUGGCUGCUCAAGAAUCACAAUGUUGGACACCCUCAGGUACUGGACGAAUUGGAUGCA